ACUGUCGCGAGGGACAGACACUGGCUCUGCCGGCCGUCCUGUGAGAUGGUCUGGGGUUGUCUGAGCUGUGAUUAGAUCUCCCUCGUGUCAUCCCAGUGCCUGUUCCAGGACCACGGAGCAUGCGGAUGGGGGUUUCUACACUGCCUGGCCCAGUUUCUGUUGUCAAGGACGUGGGUAGCCCAGAGGAGACAGAGGCCAGCGGUGCCCAGGCUUUCGUGGCAACUGGCUGGACGCAUGCUAAGAACAGAGGUACCAGGUGCCAGGUGUUGGGCGGCACGCCACCCUGCCCAGCUCACUUUGUAGAGACAGAAGCAUUCUCUGUGGGAAGAGUUCUCAGAGGAGAAGCAGGGACCAUCCCCCCAGGUGGCCCUGCAUAGGUCUCCGCUGCUCCCACAGGGUGGGUCCUGGCCCUGGUAGCUCUCAGCUGUCCCUGCUCUGGGGCCUGUUGAGCUUGGAGCCACCCCACCCUGUGCUCUCGAACCAUCUGGGAUGGUCUGGCAGAGCUGGCCCAAUUCCGCGUAGACAGAGGGCUCCUUCCGCUGGGGCCUGGGUUAGCUCUUCAGCUUGAAGUGGCUGCUGUGCCUCAGGCCCCCCGACCUGGUGCUCGCUCGCUCUGAUCCUGUCACUACACACCCCGACCGUGGGCUGUUGUCCGGCUGCUCCCCCCGUCUCCACCCAAUCACUGUGCAGGAGGGGACAGUGUGGGGGGGGGGUAAACUCGCUACAGCCUCCCAUGCUGUGGCUGGUGCUGCUAGGUGACGCUGUUUGCUAGGAAAGGGUGCCGUCUUCCUGAGCAUGGGUCUUAACAGGGGUCAGUCCUGUGGGUACAUGGCCAGGCUGCCGGGGUGUUGGGGUGGUGUCUGCCCCCCUGCGUGUGUGCAGGCUCCUUGAAGGUUUACGUGCUGUGGUCUGUGCUGCUUUUGUGCCUCCUUAUCACCCAUCAGGCUUGCAUAACCAGGCUGGCCCUGCUUCCUGCUUAGGAACUAUCAGCGCACCAUCUGGAGCUACAAAUAGGGUGAUAGGAAGUCAGCAGCCUCCCAGCACCCAGGCACUUGUGAACACCCGGUCCCUUCGUCUCCAGCUCACCCCUGGUCGCCCCAGGGAUCCGGUUGCUCAGGCUGGCACUCCUCUCUUGGGGUGCUCUCCUUCGCAGGACCGGCACCUUCUAAACGGGGAUGCGAUCGACAGAGCUGAGGGAGUGCAGUUUUGUUGCAAGGACAUGCCACUGCGAUCCUCCUACCUAAUCCUGGGUCAGAACAUUGGGUUGGGUCUUUGUUUAAGGAGACAGGAUGUGUAGACGUUGGCUGUGUGACCCUGGGCAAGGCAUUUCCCCUCCUUGGGACUCAGCUUGCUUGUCUGUGUGUAGGGACGGUCUUUCUACCUCACAGGGCUGCUGUGGGAACUCAAGUGUAUGAGGCAAGCUACGCAGUCGGCACAAAGUUACCCUUACCCUGCCUUCCUUGCACGACAGGACCGGGGCCCAGCAACAGGGGGCUGUAUUGGCAGAGGAUGCCUGUCCCAGAGAAGAAACGUGUAGGCAGACUCAGACACAUAGCUGGUUCAGAGUCCAGGGCCCACCAGAAGAUCUGGGUUGGAGGGCACCAUGCUAUAUGCUGUAGCCACGAAUCUUUGGUCUGGCCAAUGUAUCUUUCUGAGCUUCAGUUUCUUAUGGGAGCAGCUCAGGCAGUGGUGUCCGAUCCCUGGCACGAGACAUGGUGAGGGUAUUGGUGGUGACCCACUCAGAGCGGUCCGUGAGGAGCACCCUCCAUAGGGAGUGGACCUCAUGGGGAGCAUGCCUCACAGGGGGAGCCCUCACGGGGGAGUUCUCCCCACAGGGAGCAGCCCUCAUGGUGAGUGUCCCCAGGGGGGUGCUCUCAGCCCAGUUCCUUGCAGGAUGGACCUUGGAGACUGAGGCCCUGAUGCGAGAGUUGAGUACCUGGCUCCUGAUCUGCACGUGCAUCAGCCCUUGGGUUGGCUUGGGAGUCUCCAUCCACGGGGAAGGAGGAGGGCUCGGGGCUGGAUCUUUCAUCUGCCUCAACAACAACAUCCUAAGGAUCGACUGCCACUGGUCGGCUGUGGAGCUGGGUCAGGGCCCCAGUCCCUGGCUCCUCUUCACCAGCAACCACGCCGUGGGCGGCAAUCACAGAUGUGUCUUCCGGGCCAGCGAGUGUACUCUGGUGCUGCCGCCUGAGGAGGUGCUUGUGCCUUCUGACAACUUCACCAUCACUUUCCACCGUUACGUCUCUGGGAAGGAGCAGGUCAGCCUGGUGGACCCACAGUACCUGCCCCGGAGACAUGUGAAGCUGGACCCUCCCUCCGAUUUGCAGAGCAACGUCAGCUCUGACUACUGUGUCCUGACCUGGAGCGUCAGUCCCGCUUUGGAGCCUCUGAUCUCCAUGCUCAGCUAUGAGCUGGCCUUCAAGAGGCAGGGGGAGACCUGGGAGCAGGCCCAGCACAGGGAUCACAUUUUUGGGGUGACCUGGCUCAGGCUUGAAGCCAUCGAGCUGGACCCCGGUUCCAGCUACGAGGCCAGGCUGCGCGUCCAGAUGGCCUCACCGGAGGAUGACCUGGCGGAGGAACAGCACUAUGCGGGCCAGUGGAGUGACUGGAGCCAGCCUGUGUGCUUCCCCUCUCCCCAGACCUCUGCCCGAGGCCCCCUGUUAUCACCUCGGGGGCAGCCUGACGGCACCCUUGUCGCUGUACCUGUCUUUCUGCUACUGACCAGCCUGACCUGCCUCCUGUUCAAGCUUUCACCCAGGGUGAAGAGAAGCUUCUACCAGAACGUGCCGUCCCCAGUGGCCUUCUUCCAGUCCCUGUACAGUGUGCACAAUGGGGACUUCCAGACCUGGAUAGGGGCCCACAGAACCGGUCUGCUGCCGAGCCAGGACUGUGUCGGUUCCCCGCGAAGAGCCUCGGAGUCUAGUGUCCAGGAGGCCAUCGCGUGGCUGACCUACGGCCCAGUGGAUCCCUGGCAGUCAGUGGUCCUGGAGGAAGAGGAGAAAGGCCCACGUCCUGGCCUCCCAGAGGCUGUGUUGUUAGCAGGUCGUGUGGCACAGGGAGAGCAGCCACCUGCCUACCUGCCACAGGAGGACUGGGUCCCUGGGAGCCCCACCAGGCCAGCUCUCCCACAGGCAGAGGGCAGCAGUGGUGACUACUGUGCCUUGGGCUGUCCCGGGGCGUGCCACCCCUCGGCCUUCCCAGGAAGCGUGCAGAGCUCUGGGCCCAGCCUGGCUUUGGCCCGUGGCCUUUCCUGUGACCAGCAGAGCCUGGAUGCCACGCAAGGAGGGACCUGUGUGGGAGCUGGUCACAGAGAGGAGCAAGACCCUGGUGAAUGUGUCGCAUGAGGCCCUCAGGGCACUUUCUUCGCUCCUACCCUUGGCAGACGCUGGCUUUGAUUUAGAGCCCUGACGGGGCCAGCUGCAUAAUGUCCAUCAUGUGGAAAAUGGACUACAGUCUCUGAGAAUGAAGCCCCGGCACAGAUCUCCUGUCCAGACGGAGGCCGAAAACCCCUCCUCUCUCCCCUCCCCUCAGCAUCCUACCACGCAGCUCCCACUCCCGGGCUCGCCACUUCCCUCCCCGCUUGCGGGCUCCACCCUGGUCCCUCACAGAAGUGGGGGUGUUGGCUCCACGGCCUGUUCUGCCCUCGCUCCCUUAAAGGGCCAGCCGGCACCCAGCAGACACAGAUGAGGUGCUGUGACCAGGCGGAGUGUUGUCUUUCUGGGCCUCCCUGAGGUACCUCUGCUACUGAGAUUAAAGGGGAUUCAGUGGUUGUUUCAAACUGCUGCUGACCGGGAGAGGGGCCCACAGGAAGUGCGGGGGGUGGGGGUCUGUCGACUCUCGGGUUUUCUGGGGUUGGAGAUGCUGACAUUUUGAAGUUAGCAUCCAAAUGGAGACCAACCAGAGAGGGCACCUCUGCAUGAGUCUCUGGUGUCCCCUGAGGCCUGUACAGAAACACACACACA